GGGUGGGGGGUGUCGUGCCUGGCGAGGGGCGACGCGGGCGAAUGACGUCAGGCGGCGGGGGAGGCUCGGCAGCAUGGCGUCUGUGGCGCUGAGCGAAGCGGAGAAGGUGUACAUUGUGCAUGGCAUUCAGGAAGACCUCCGUGUGGACGGCCGCGGCUGUGAAGACUACCGAUGUGUCGAAGUGGAGACCGACGUGGUGUCCAACACCAGUGGGUCUGCCAGGGUCAAGCUGGGUCACACCGACAUCUUGGUGGGCGUGAAAGCAGAAAUGGGGACACCGAAGCUGGAGAAACCAAAUGAAGGUUACUUGGAGUUCUUCGUUGACUGUUCCGCCAGCGCUACCCCUGAGUUUGAAGGUCGCGGAGGUGAUGACCUUGGCACGGAGAUUGCUAACACCCUGUACCGGAUAUUUAACAAGAGCAGCAUCGACCUCGAGUCCCUGUGCAUCAGCCCCCGGGAGCACUGCUGGGCUCUCUACGUGGACGUGCUGCUGCUGGAAUGUGGUGGGAAUUUGUUCGAUGCCAUCUCCAUAGCUGUGAAGGCUGCACUCUUCAACACAAGGAUACCAAGAGUUCGUGUUCUGGAAGACGAAGAAGGGUCAAAGGACAUUGAACUGUCGGAUGACCCCUACGACUGCAUCCAGCUAAGCGUGGAGAAUGUCCCCUGCAUCGUCACCCUGUGCAAAAUUGGCUAUCGGCACGUGGUGGACGCUACCCUUCAGGAGGAGGCCUGCUCCUUGGCCAGUUUGCUGGUGUCCGUGACCAGCAAGGGAGUCGUGACGUGCAUGAGGAAGGUGGGGAAGGGCAGCCUGGACCCAGAGAGCAUCUUCGAGAUGCUGGAGUGAGAGUCCUCAUGGGCGCCACGACAGCGCUACCAGCGAGGCGGUGAUCAGCCUGUUCCUCUUCCCCCGGGCGCUGGUUGACUGCCCGUUAACAGUGGGACUGCACAGCUGCAACCAGAACGUGAACACAGUUGAGAAGCCUUCCGUUUUGAUGAUUAAAGGCAUUGGAGAGUUGCUACAGACAGGUGAGGCUUUCCCAGUCCAGCUGUGGGACCGCCACCCGCCUGGGCCUGCUGGCGGAGCACUUCCAGUGCAGGUGAAGGGGGAGAAGCAGAUGUCAGCGUCUGUCUCUACCGCCCCAUCCAUACCUUUCCUUGAGGGCCACCCUACCUGGAAGAAGCGUCCAUCACAGAUGAAACAGAAUACCAAGUGAGCAGGGUCUCUCCCAGAGAGGCUUUCCUGGAAUUGUCUGAUUACUGCAGCUCUCAGAAUAAGGGAAGAGAGAGCUGAAGGCAGAGACUGGCAAAGACUUGGGAAAAUAUUGUCCUAGAGAAAUCCACUACUUCAUCCAGCAGAAACAGAGGCUGUCUUUACUGGCCAUUAAAUCAAUGCUGGGGAGAAGGACUAAAAUCAGCCAGAAGGCAAUCAGAAGCCUGUGGGCAGGGGGUGCUCAGUGAGGGUAGGCAUGGAAGGAAUGGAGUGUUACAGAAUAUUCUAAUGGCUUUUAUUAUUUCUCUGAUUCCUUGGUCUCUCAAAUCGUGUAAAUUCAAGCCUACAAAGCACAUGAAUUUCGAAAAUUGACAGCAGUUUGCGUUUUGCUCAGUAAAGGCAAUGAUCUCCCAUAUAACUGCCAGUUGAGCAUAAAUCUAUGCUGUUCAAUAUUUUUUUGAAGAUAGUCUGGCAGUGUGUAUUAAAAGUCUUAAAAAUUUCAUGCCCGUUGACCUAAUAAUUGAGUUCGGGAGAUGUCACCAAAGAGUGAAAACAGAAGUUCAUCCCAGUAUCAGUGCUUGUGCGAGAAUGGCCCAGCGGCACAGGAAACUAAAGCGAUGCCCUUGGCAGGGUCCUUUGCCGGAGACAGG